AUGUCUGAUAUUCGACGAGCGAUUCCGGAUUGGGAAGGUGACAACUUACCCGAAUCGUUCAUCGUUAAAUUGCCAACAUUUUCGUCGAAAGCUGAAGAGGCAUUACACAUGGAUCAUUUGGAGAACGAGCACGAUGCAAAAGAGGAGGCUACUCUUGUGCGAAUAUUCCACCGAAAUGAAUCCCAACUCUAUCAUCUAUUCCAAGAACAUCAACCAUGUAUCAAAUGUGGUUGUAUCAUAUCUAUUAAACGAUAUGANCCUAUACCAAUACCAAAAAUCUAUUUGUGUCGUGACUGCGAUUUGAUGACGAAAACGGCGAAUGAUCACGAAUUCUCCGUGAUCGUUAUGGAGGAUCUACGGAAAUAUUCACUAAUUGAUAUUAUCGACGGUUUUAAUGAUAAACAGUUGUACUCAAUAAUGGAUGCGAUUGUUGAUCUUCAUGUAUAUUCGUUUACGCAUGUUGGUUGGGAACAAGUCGGUUUCUUUGAAAGUGAAAUUGAUGAAACGAUGAGCAUGGAAAAUACGCUGAAUGGUAUGGUUACUGCUUUAAAGAAGUUAUCACCGAAACAUUUCGAAAAAGUUGAUUUAUUGCUGGAAUUGAGUGGUAAACACGGUUGGAAUAGAAAAUACAUGAAGAAAUGUGUAAAUGACGAAUAUAUCUGUGCGUUGGUACACGGUGACCUAUGGCCAGCAAAUAUCAUGUGGGACGGUAAUAAGCUCAAGGCAAUUAUUGACUGGCAAUUAGCACAUAAAGGAAUUAUCGUAGAAGAUAUCAUGCGAGUGCUAUCGACAUCCGUAUCAGUUGAUACGAGGAAACGUCUUACAAAACCAUUGCUCCACUAUUAUUAUUAUCAACUCGCGGACAGAAUGUCAAAUUUACGACUCGAAAUGCCUUUCGCUUUUGAGGAUGUUCAGGCAACUGUUAUUCCACUUAAGAAGAGUUAUCGUUUGGCGUUGCCUUAUGCGGCACUAUGCACUGUUUUUGCGGCCGCAUUCUGGAGCAAUUCGGCAGUGCUGAAGGAUGAGAAGAAUCCAGAAAAUCAAGCUCGAAGAAUGAAAGAAAUAUUCGAUCGCACGGAAAGCAUUAUUGAAGAUGCGGUGCAUUCCUUUCAUGCCUCAUCCUGA